AGUCACUCAGAUUUCAGGAAGUGUGUAUGUGUAUUUACGCCGAACGUCGAAAUGUGAACAGUUCAAUAACAAUAGUAAGUUCUCUCUGUGUAGGGCAAUGGGGAACACGGAAAGCGCAGUGGUGCAGAAACGGAUGAUCCGGUUUCGGCCGGAGGAACGGCCGGUCGUGGAGAGGGUGUUCGACCAUCUGCUCGAAGCCGGUUCUGGAAGGGCCCCGGGAUCUAGCGAGAAAGUCCUUACACUGGAUGCACUGAAGGUGAGUGUGGCUGGCGUGGUUCCAGAGCCUAUGGCAGUGCGGCUGUUUCAGGCCAUGCAGAGCGUAGGCCCCGGGGGAACAGCGCCCCCUGGUGGGGGUGUGAGCCGGGAGCAGCUGCUGGUGUUCCUGGCGGAUGUGUUCCAUGGCACGGCGGAGGAGCGUGCGCCGCUCGUCAUGGCGAUGGCCAGCGGGGAGGGAGGGGCCACUGUCACGGCCAACCAGGUCAGAGAGUUUGUGGAGGACCUGGUCUCAGCCGUCAUACAGACCCUGACCAGCAGGGGGCGACUGCAGGGCUGGAGGCCGGAUCGCAUGGAGGAUGGCGAGCAAGGGGUUAAACUGCUGGCUGAGCAGAUGAGCUCCGAACUUAAACUCACAGACCAGCAGGCCUGCGACGUGGGCUGCCUGGAGGACUGGCUGUUCCGGGUGUCGGGCGUGGCUCUGUACCUGGAGCUGGUGACGGGCGAGGGCCUGGGCGUGCGUCUCCCCUCGCAGCCCCCCCUCCCCCUGCUGCCCGCCUGCGGCCCCGCUCCCUGGGCCGAGCUGCGGUCCCUGCUGCACCUGCCCCUGCUGCUGUUCCUCUACCCGCAGCUGCCGGCGCACAGCGCCCCCUGGAGGCCGCUGUUCUCCACGCGGCUGCACGGCGAGAGCUUCUCGCGGCUGGUGAGCUGCUGCGUGCGCCGCGGCCCCACCCUGCUGCUGCUGCGGGACGCCGACGGGCACCGAUUCGGAGGCUUCGCCUCGCACAGCUGGGACACCAAGCCGCAGUUCCAGGGGGACUCCAGGUGCUUCCUGUUUUCAGUGUUUCCCACAAUGCGGGUGUACACCUACACGGGAUACAACGAGCACUACAUGUACCUGAACCAUAGUCAGCAGACCAUGCCCAACGGCCUGGGCAUGGGCGGGCAGCACGAGUACUUCGGCCUGUGGCUGGACAGCGAGUUUGGGCGGGGCCACAGCCGGGCGCGGCCGCGCUGCACCACAUACGGCAGCCCUCAGCUCUCGGGCCAGGAGGACUUCACCUUGGAAACCGUGGAGGUGUGGGGGGUGGGAGACCCGCCAGAGGAGCAGCAGGCCCAGGGCAAGCGGAGUGUGUUGGACGCAGAUCCUGAGACUCAGGCGAUAAUGGAGAUGACAGGAAAGACCCUCCACAGCCAGGGACUACGAGAGCCAGAAGAGGAGGAGCUCUGAGAUAAGGGAAGGGAGCUCUGAGACAAGGGGAGGGGCUUUGCAAUAAGGGGAGAAACUCAGGGAUAAGGGGAGGGACUCUGUCAUUAGA